GCUUAAGAAAUGUUGCACUUGUAUGGGUAAUCUGAGUAAAGCCGUUAUCCGCGUUCCUUGAAUCAUCGGUAAUUUUCAAAAGCAAAAAAAACAAAAACGACAAAUAACAAUAAUAUUGGUGAAGGUAUUAAGAUUCCAUGUGGGACUAAAGCAGCAAAAAAUAUACCAGUGAUUGCACGGUUCACAUUCACAUAUAUCAAAGAAAACAAACCAGUGCUAUACGAAAUGGGCAACAAUAGCUCCCUUUGCUCCAGUAAAAAUGCUGUACGCAACUUGGAUGAAGGAGACACCCGAAUAUAUCCGUCAGCAGUUAGUUCUUAUAAUUCUUCUUCCCAUGGCAAUGGUACUCCGAAUCAACGACUGCUAUACAAGACGACGAUUCCAGUCAAUGAGCAGCAACAGAAUCAUCAAACAGCUGAUACAAUAAAUGAAACAUUAACAGCUGACAACAGCAAAACCCUUGCAAGUGACGUAAUUGCUAAUGGGCUUCCCUCCAAACACGAAUGCUCGUCUUGUAGAAAUGCCGUUUCGCAUACCAACACAACAUUAUUAAUGACGAAUGAAAAUCAUACGACUGCAACAAAACAAACGGCAACUACUGCUACAACACCACCACCACCACCAACAACAACAACAACAACAACGACUAUAGAAUACGAAUUGUCGUCGAACGGUAUAGCAAAGCUUUGUAAAGUCAGUACAAGUCAUAUUGCUCCUAAGCAGUCAUCGUUUUCGAAUUUAUAUUCGCACACGCAGCCAAAUUGCACAGUCGGUCAACAAACAUUGUCGAGUGAUGAAGAAAUAUUAGAAAAAACGGAUAAUAAAAGUUACCAAAUACCAUUAUUGUCCUCGAGUAAUCUUAAAGUUUUGUGUGAAAAUUUAAACGCCAUUAAUACGUACAACCGAAGUAUACAUUCCUCCUUUAAAGCGCCUGCACUAAAUUAUCAACAGCGAGCUAAUUACACAAUGGAUUGCAACGGCAUUAAUAUGGAUACCUUGAAGUUGGCUCCGCGCGACCGUUUAGGUCUUUGGGGUACUCACAGCGAUUUGGAUAUACCCGGCAAUAUAUCGGGCUUGGGACGUCUGCGAAACAAGAAAUACAAUAAGGGUUUGGCUUUUACUAUUACGGAGCGUCAAAUUUUGGGUAUACACGGUCUGUUGCCUUAUGUCGUGAAAACGGAUGAAGAACAAGUAAAGCACUGUACGAUUUUAUUGGAUCGCUUGGAAAACGAUUUGGAUAAGUUUAUGUACUUAAGCGAUUUGGCCGAGCGCAAUGAACGUCUCUUCUACAAGCUAUUGGCUUCAGAUAUAGCGAAGACGAUGCCUUUGGUUUACACGCCCACGGUGGGUUUGGCUUGCCAAAAAUACAGCUUGAUCUACACAAAUCCAAAAGGCUUAUAUAUAUCUAUUAAAGACAAGGGUCAUGUAUAUGAAGUGUUAAGGAAUUGGCCAGAAGCCGACGUCAGAGCUAUAGUAGUUACGGAUGGCGAACGUAUUUUGGGCUUAGGUGAUUUAGGCGCCAAUGGUAUGGGUAUACCUGUUGGCAAACUGGCUCUCUACACAGCCUUGGCGGGCAUUAAACCGCACCAAUGUUUGCCGAUUACUCUCGAUGUCGGUACGAAUAAUGAGACUCUACUUGCUGAUCCGCUUUAUAUUGGCAUGCGUGCGAAGAGAAUAACUGGACAAAAAUAUGAUGAAUUUCUUGAUGAAUUUAUGCAGGCUGUUGUACGGCGCUAUGGACAAAAUUGUUUGAUUCAAUUUGAAGAUUUUGCCAACGCCAAUGCGUUCCGAUUAUUGGAUAAAUAUCGUGAUCAGUAUUGUACCUUCAAUGAUGAUAUACAGGGCACGGCUAGUGUGGCAGUUGCUGGUCUGUUGGCCUCAUUGAAACUUAAAAACACUAAACUAACCGGAAACAAGAUUUUGUUCUUUGGAGCCGGUGAAGCGGCACUAGGCAUAGCCAGUUUGUGUGUUAUGACUCUAAUGAAAGAGGGUUUAAGUGAGGCGGAAGCUAAAAAGCAUAUUUGGAUGGUGGAUAGUAAAGGUCUUAUUGUUAAAAAUCGUCCAGCUGGCGGUUUAACAGAACAUAAGGAGCAUUUUGCUCAAGAUCAUCCGUCUGUCAAUACACUGUUGGAUGCCGUUAAGACGGUAAAACCUUCCAUACUAAUCGGAGCUUCUGCCGUAGGUGGCGCUUUCACUACCGAAAUUCUAGAACUAAUGGCCGAAUAUAAUGAAACACCGAUUAUUUUUGCUUUAUCAAAUCCCACCAGUAAAGCUGAGUGCACAGCCGAGCAGGCCUACUUUAGCACCAAAGGCAGAUGUAUCUUUGCCUCCGGUUCUCCAUUUAGUCCGGUGGAAUACAAUGGUAAAAAAUUCCAUCCCGGACAAGGCAACAACGCCUAUAUAUUCCCAGGAAUAGCAUUAGGCGUAAUAUGUUGCGGUAUGCUGACCAUACCAAAGGAGAUAUUUUUAAUAGCUGCCGAAAAACUGGCGGAUCUUUGCGAUGAUAACGACUUGCAAAUGGGCAGUUUAUAUCCGCCUUUAGAAAAAAUUACGCCAUGUUCUGUGGAAAUAGCCAAGUACAUAAUGGAAUAUGCCUAUCAAAAGGGUUUAGCUACAGUCACGCCCGAACCCAAAAAUAUAAAAGAAUUCAUAAUUAAUCAGAUGUAUAAACUGGAUUAUCCAUUUGCUUUGCCAGAGACCUAUUCCUGGAAUAACACUAAAGAGUAGGCGUUUAAGUGCGCGAUAAAAGAUUAUCUAAUAACAUUUUCUUAGAAGACGGAAAACAAAAGUCAAAGAAGAUAUUACAAAAUAGCCAGGAGUAUCAUAAUGAAACAAAAGUUGGAAAAAAUCUCCCAAGAAAACGUUCCUUUAAAUAAAAGCAUGUAUUACAUUUUCUACGAACUUUAAUUA